CAUAAUCACAUGACCAUACGGUACACAAAAAUAUACAACAACAAAAACACACACAAAAAAUCGACCUACCUACCCUUGUUUUUUUGCCCAUGCAACCCUAAACAGACAAAAAAACAAUUGGCCUUAAAAAUAUCUGUGAAAGACGUAUGAGAUUCAUCGAAUAAUAAAAACAAAAAAAGCUUCAUAUCAGGAUACUAAAUGAAUUACGGAACACACAUUCUUAAUGUUUGCUACAUGUAUUAUGAUGUGAACAAAUACAUAUUAACAUAUCACAUUGCAUUGCCAGAUGUGCAUCAAACAAAGAAAUAGGCUUGACUGCUGGACUAUGAUGUGGAAAUUGCUUUGAAAAAAUUUGGAACAGUUCCAGUAAGCCUCAAUGUUGUUGUUUUCACCAUUACUGUUAUUGUCACAGAUAGGUUAGAUUAAAAUGGAAAAUAAGGUUUUAUUUAUCUCAUUAGUUGAUUUUUUCCCCAUUUAAUUUUAUAUAUAAGUAGUAAUCAAUUGCAUGAUGUUACCAUGUAUCUGCCUUGUGUGAAAUAUCUUAAAGGUGACUAUACAAAUGUAUCCCCUCAUGAUUAUGUCCAGUGAUCAAUGCAUUUACUGUGAGCGCAAUGCAAGUGUAAACGAUAUCAGUUGACAACUCUCUCUGAAGGUAAAGUCGACACUCAGUGUCACCCCUUAAUUGGUUUUGAACCAAGUGAUGAUCAAAGAGAGUUCAUUGGCUGUUCCUGAUUCAGGUCAAUGUAGGCGGGGCACUGAUUGUUUUCGCGCCAUCCUACACAACUGUGUGUACAUGAGUUCGGUCUAACAUUCAUGAUCUGUAACGUGAGACUGAUAAAUCAGCAUGGCUUCUAGAUCUCCCGAAAUGGACGAUUUUAUUGAGUCGCUAGACCCUGGAUUAUUGACCUAUAAGCAGGAGCUAUAUAUGAGAAGUGUUACGAACGAACGGACCCUGAAAUAUUUACGUCCGCGUGAGGUGUCUGAAAUGAGUAUACCUGAUGUGUAUAAGCGGAUGUUAACUGAACGGAUUUUGAGUUUGCAGACCCCGGAAACUAAAAAAACUAUGAAGGCAAAGACAAGCCCUUUCUGUCGGGAGGAGCGGGGUGUUGACCACCAAAAGAGAGGUGGUAAGAGAUUAUUCCCCGAUUGUGAGUUGUCGGAGAAUAAUGACAUGCCUACAAAUACACAAACUGACAAAAAUAGCGGGUUUAUCUGUCAGGAAAUAGAACGUUUAACGGAAAAUCAAAAAUCAAUAACUUUGAUUAUAACAGAAAAAAAAGAUGAACUAAAAACAAAGAAGUUGUGUCCAGUUCUUCCGAAGCCUCUCUCCAUACCCGGAUGUUGUGUGAUAAAAGUGGUCUGCGAUAAUUGUCAUCACCAAGGUCAUCGGGCAGCAGGGAAUCGUGGCAACAAAGCGUGUCCUUACAUGGCGUGUGACGGCUACUACUAUUGUGGAUUGUUGAGCAAACAUAAAGAUUUCAAGGCUGAACUUGGCGAGCUUGAAAAGGAGAUCACAGCGUUGGAAAAAUCGCUGAAAGAUGAAAGCACACAGUUGCACACGAUGAGGACGUUCUUGGCACAAAAUGCUUCAAGCUUUAUCGGAACCAUGCGCCCGAGGUUAAAGGCGAUGUUCCCCAAAAAGUACGCAAACAAAGAUGGCACACAGGUAUUGCAGAGAGAUUUACGUCUGAUCAAAACGGCCACAGGUGGAAAAAUACCGGAAAUAAUUACUCGACAUUCUAUGGAAAAGUUGAUUGCUACAGGAAAUGAUAAAAUAUCUGUUAAAUGUGGGUUUAAUGAAAAAGAAAGUGAAUUUUAUUUGUCGGAAAAUUCAGUUCCGUCUGGGUCUGGAUCAACAUUUCCUCGGACGUGGAAUCUUCCAAUGAAGUCCUCGUAUCCCUCCGAAACAUCAGCGUGGGCCCCGGGACUAUUUCCCGUUAUAUCAACCCCCACGUCACCAAGCCCUCUUCCAGUUAUUUCGACAUCAGGCGCCUGGAACUUCACACCACCAUGUCCAGGCCCACGCUCUGUUAUGCCGAUGUGGCCCCCAGGUCAGAUUGGGAUGUACGGGAAUUACACGCCCUGGUCACCAUACCGUCAAUCGUUCAGUACCACCAGCAUCGGAUUUGUAGAACCAUCAUCCACAAUUACCAGUGAGCAGGACAGUACGUCUCCUCCUCUACCUAGAGAUAUGGAAAGUGUGUACCCCCCUCUUCCGCCUAGCUAUCCAGUUAACCCACCUCUGCCUAAAGAUGAUGAAUGACUUUAAUUAUUUUUCAAUUCUGUAGGUUGUGACCAUGUCUGAGAAACAGACAAAAUAACAUUUUGGAAAUUACUGAAUGUGAGAGGUUUAAACAACCUACAGUAAUAUAAAGUUCUGCCUAAAGAUGAUUCAUCAUUUCAAUUAUCUUAUCCGUUCUGUAGGUAGUCUGAGAAACAGACAAAGUAACAUUUUAGAAAUUGCAUAGAAAUUACUAUCAAUCUGAGAGGUUUCAAACUAAUAGUAAUAUCAUAACUGAACGAAUGAAAAAACUCUACAAAUUGUUUACAACUAAAUGUAUUUUUGAGGCGGGUAUCAAUAAAUAAAGUACUACAUACCAAGAAACUUUCCUCCGUUUUUUUCUUUAAGGUAAAACAUGUAUUUUCGGUCAACCUAUGAAGAUUUUUUUUACAGUUAAUAAGUUGUGCACAAGUAAAAAAUUUAGAAUAACACUUUAAAUGAUCACAUAACACUUUUAUCGACAUAAACCAUUAUUGUGUUUUGAUUAGUUGGUCUACAGUUAUCUAUACAUUUUAUAAUGUAUAUAUAUAUACAGAUAAUAAGUUUUAAUUA